CGCCGGGCCGAGCGCGGAGCCAUGGGCCGGGCUGGGACCGGGACCGGGACCGGGACCGGGGGCGCGGCGGUGGCGGUGGCGGUGGCGGGACCGCUGCUGCUGCUGUUGCUCGCUCGGCCCCCGCCUGCCGCCGCCGGCGACAGCAGGAAGAGCGACGUCAGGCUGGUGUCCGAACAUUUCUCCCAGUCCCCACAGAAGCUGUCUUUCUACAGCUGGUACGGCAGUGCCAGACUGUUCCGCUUCCGCGUGCCCCCCGACACCGUGCUGCUACGCUGGCUGCUGCAAGUGUCCCGGGGAAGCGGCCCCGCCUGCGCCAGCGUGGAGCUCACUGUGUACUUCCGUUAUGGCGCCCCUCCUGUCAUCAACCCUUUGGGCACCAGCUUCCCCGCCAACAGCUCCGUGCAGUCCCCCUUCUUCAUCAAGAUGCUGGACAGCAACGCUUCCCUCAACAUCUCCCACCCAGCCCCCGGGGACUGGUUUGUGGCGGCCCACCUGCCCCCCGCCUCCCAGAAGAUCGAGGUGAAGGGUUUUGUUCCCACCUGCGCCUACGUCUUCCAGCCCGACAUGCUGGUUGUGCGGACCGUGGAGGUCUCCAUCCUGGAGCCCGACGUUCCCCUUCCGCAGACCCUCCUCUCCCAUCCCAGCUACCUCAAAAUCUUCAUCCCUGAGUACACCCAGGAGCUGCGGCUGGAGCUGCAGGGCUGUGCCGCCAACGGGAGCCUGGGCUGCCCUGUGCGCCUCACCGUGGGCGCUGCCACCCUGCCCAGAAACUUCCAGAAGGUGCUCACGUGCGUCAGCCCCACUGGGGCCUGCCGCCUGCUGCUGCCCUCACCACCCUGGGACCGGUGGCUGCAGGUGACAGCCAAGAGCCUGGCGGGGCCUCGCGUGCUGGUGGCUUUCCAGGCGGUAGCUGCCCUCACAGCCUGCAGGCCGUGGACCCUGAACUUCCAGCACCUUCCACAGAGCAGCCUGAAUGGGAGCUGCAACGCCUCCACGGGCCUGCUGCCCCAGCGCCCCGGUGACCAUGGCGGCCACGGCCUGGGCGGGAGCAGCAGGAGGCAUGGGGGCCCCUGCUGCCUGGCGAGCUACCCAGUCAUUCGGGAAGACCUGGACGUGGUGUCUGUGCGCUUCUGGCCAGUGGACAGGGUGUGGGUGCGGGUGCGACCCGCCACGCCCUCUGUGAUGCGGCUGUACAUGGAUACCGGCAUGGACAGCGGGGGCUCCCUCACUGUCUCCCUGCGGGCCAACAAGACUGGAAUUACCAACAGCACCUUGGUCGCCAUCUGUGUGAAUGCCGCCUCCCCCUUCCUCAGCUUCAGCAUGUCGCUCAACUGCACCACAGCCUUCUUCCAGGGCUCCCCACUGACCCUGAGUGCUGCAUCGCACAAGGCCGACCUCAUCAUCCCCUACCCAGAGACGGACAACUGGUACCUCUCCCUGCAGCUCGUGUGCCCCGAGAAUCCAGAGGAGUGUGAGCAGGCCUCGGUCCUCGUGGAGACCACUUUGACCUUGGUGCCCUGCCUGAACGACUGUGGACCCUACGGCCAGUGCGUCCUGCUGCGCAGACACAGCUACCUGUAUGCGGGCUGCAGCUGCAAGGCCGGCUGGCGUGGGUGGAGCUGCACGGACAACAGCACGGCCCAGACAGUAGCCCAGCAGCGGGUGGCCGCCCUCCUUCUCACUCUCAGCAACCUCAUGUUCUUGGCUCCCAUCGCCGUCUCGGUGCACCGCUCGCUCCUGGUGGAGGCCUCCGUCUAUGCCUACACCAUGUUCUUCUCCACGUUCUACCACGCCUGCGACCAGCCCGGCGAGGCGGUGCUCUGCAUCCUGGGCUAUGACACCCUGCAGUACUGUGACUUCCUGGGCUCCGGAGUGUCCGUCUGGGUCACCAUCCUCUGCAUGGCGCGGCUGAAGGCAGCCCAGAAACACGUCCUGUUUCUCCUGGGCACGCUGAUCUUCGCCAUGUCCUUGCAGCUGGACCGCAGGGGUGCCUGGAACAUGAUGGGGCCUUGCCUCUUUGCCUUUGUGGUUAUGGUCACCAUGUGGGUGUACCGCUGCGGACGCCGGCGCCACUGCUACCCCACUUCCUGGCAGCGCUGGGCCUUCUACCUCCUGCCCGGCAUCUCCAUGGCUGCUCUGGGCAUUGCCAUCUACACCUCCAUGAUGACCAGUGACAACUAUUACUACACCCACAGCCUCUGGCACGUGCUGCUGGCCGGGAGUGCGGCCUGCCUGCUCCCGCCUCGGGAGGAGCACACCAAGCCCUGGGCCUGCUCGCAGAAGCUCACGUGCCGCUACCAGAUCUGCAAGAACCACCGAGAGGACCUGUAUACGGUGACAUGACGUGGCCGGCUCAGGGACACCGGCCACCGUGAUGAUGGGCUCUCUGGCCAGGGGCAGGACCAAAGGAGAAGGACCCUGUCCGGUCCAUUUCCAGCUGAAUAAAAUUGCCCGUGCACUCUUUGGCUUCCUCCUGAGGAGAGGACUGCACCCGCCCCCUCAGUUCCCCGGUGCCUGCCGGUCCCUCUGCAGGUCCCAGCCAGCAUCUGCAGGGGCGCCUGGGGCCCGGGCCUGGCUCCUUAGAGACCGCAGGUACCAUGCAGGGGCAGGGCCUGUGUUCUGGCUGAAACAUGGUUGGAGAUGGGGAGAGAGAGGCCCCCAUCAGCCCUGUUCCCCUGUGAGAAGGUGAGGUGAGACCCAGGGGGACCAAGGAGGCCUGAGCCCACCUCCAGCAGGCCUCCGCCCCACCAAGCAGGGAUUGUGCCCUCUUUGCAUCCCUGGCUCCGUGAUGAGGUGUGCCCUGAUGCCAGCCUUCCUUGGGCAUGGGGGUGCUCCCUGCAGUUGCAGUACUGUGGGGAGAGGUGACGGCACUCACCAGGGAGCUACUGGGCCCUGGGGCCACCAUCAGUGGCUGCGUUUUUGCUGUCCAGUCCUGCGGCUCCCCUCUGUUUGGCACUUGGCUUUGGAGCUGCAGGCCCUGGGGGGAGGGCUGCUGAGCUGCUCUGGGUGUGCAGUACCCUGGGGCACACAUUGGCCCGACUCUAUCUCUCCAGCCACCCCAUGGGUUCCUGGGCCCUGUCUGGGGGGCUACGCAUCCUCUCUGGUUGCUUUGGGGGAGGAAGUGAUGACUGCUGCCUUGUACAGGCCUGACCGUGUGUUU